AACAUUAGUUUAUUACCGUGGUCAAUAGGAUUCACUUUUAAUUAGCAGUUCAUCAUCAUCUUCUUCUUCUUCGUCCUUAAUUCUUCCAACUAGUUCUCAUUUACAAAGAAUAUUAAAGAGACAUUAAUGGCAUCUACGGGUCUUACACGUGGCAUGCCCUGGUUGAGGCAGUUCAUGGGACAAAGGGCUAUGUCCUUUGCUGCUACAAGGCCUCUGCAGAAGGCUGAAAAUGAAGCUCACCAGUCAAUAAAAGAGGCAUGCACAGAGGUGAAGAAGACCGCAAAGGAUGUUAGAGAGAAAGUCAACGAUGCAGCUGAUAAGGUGAUAGAUAAGGCUUUUGAUAAUGCUCCAAAGGCAGUGGCGACGGCGCAAGAGAUUGGAGGGAAAGUGAAGGAGAGAGCCCAAGAUGCAUUGAGCUCUGCUAAGAAUACCAAAUGAGAAGUGAUCGAGCUCAAGGAUAUAAUAUUGCAUUCUCUCUUCAUUAAUUAGUUUGUUUGAGAACCUUCAUAAAUGUAUGCUUCAUUGGAGUGACGAUAUCUUUUUUCAGUGACUAAGUACUAAAUUGUCCUAGAACAGUUAUUUAAAAAAAAAAUUAUUUCUCGUUUACCUA